AUGCGUCACAUGAGAUUUCAUACUGAUGAACGUCCUUUCUCUUGUGAUGUGUGUCACAGACAUUUUCACACAAAUGAACAUUUGAAAGCACAUUAUGUGAUUCAUACAAGUGAUGUGAAAAUGUGUUACUCGAAAAGGGGUCAAAGGAAGAUGCACAUUUGUCCAUAUUGUUCAUACUCAUCCAAUCAGAAAACUAAUCUGAGGCGUCAUUUACGGGGUCAUACUGGGGAGCGUCGAUUCCAGUGUGGAAUGUGUGGCAAGGGAUUCACAGAGAAACAUAAUUUGCAAGCACAUAUUGUGAUUCAUACGGGAGAGUCUCCUUUUAAAUGUGAUGUGUGUAACAGAGGAUUUGGAAUUAAAAGUAGACUUACUGCCCAUAUGAUUACCCAUCUUCGUGUUGCAUUGUCUUCCAUAAAAGCAGGACAACUCAAGUUGCAUAGAUGUCUUUACUGCUCCUACUAUUCUAACAAAAAAGCAAAUCUGACACGCCACUUAUUGUGUCAUACGGGCGAGCGCCCUUAUCAGUGUAAUGUGUGUGGUAAAGGCUUUACAGAGAAACAAUAUUUGCAAGCACAUAUCUUUAUACACACAGGAGAGUUGCCAUAUAGAUGUAAACUGUAUAUUGCAUUGUCCACUUUAAUGAGUGAGGGCAUCAAAUGGCACAAAUGUUCUCUUUGUUCCUAUAAGUCUCUUCAGAAGUCAAAUCUGAUACGUCAUCAGAGAAAGCACACCGGGGAACGACCUUUUCGCUGUGAAGUGUGUGGAAAAGGUCUCGCUUCAAAACAGUAUUUGAAAGUACAUUAUUCAGCCCAUAGCGGAGAGUUGCCAUUUGAAUGUAUUGAGAUUUCUGCUGUAAUAAAAGAUGGUUUCAAGUGGCACAGAUGUCCUCACUGCGAGUACGAGUCUCACAAGAGAGCAAAUGUCGUACGCCAUCUGCGGUGUCACACUGGGGAGCGCCUAUUCUCCUGUGAGGUUUGUGGAAAAGGUCUCUCUUCGAAACAGUACAUGAAAAUUCAUUUAUUAACUCACACGGGAGAACUACCUUUUGAAUGUAAAGUGUGCAGCAAAGGAUUCCGUACAGCACAAAGGCUUUCUACACAUAUGUUUAUUCAUGAUACAAAUUAUCAUAAGUAUGCAUCAAACUAUGAUAUCUAA